AUGAAUCUCUAUACAGUGUUCAGUAUGAUACUGGUAAUCAGUGUUAAUAUACCUGAUAUCCUCUCAUACCCUUCUGGUAAUGUUGGUCAAUCCUGUACUGAUAUGAAUCCUUUACAUGGUGCUACUCCUCAAACACCACCAUCACCUUAUGAGAUUAAAUUAUCAACUACUAGUUAUACUGCUGGUUCAACAGUUCAAGUGACCAUAGUGUCUAAUUGUGGUAAUGAGUUUCGUGGUUUUAUGAUACAAGCUCGACGAGCAGAUACAGCUGCAGCUGAUAGAACAACGCCAAUAGGGUCUUUUACUGCUGUUACAGAUACAAAACCACUAUGUGGAAGUGGCAGUAAUAGAGGGCUUGUUCAUUCAAGAUCAGUAGCAAGGUCUUCAUUGACUUUAACAUGGACAGCCCCUGCUACAAUACAAGGUCAUAUAGUAUUCAAAGUAACCACUGUCGAAAAACCAAACAGUCGAUAUUGGCAAGCAGUAACAUCAGAAGCUGUUAAGGAUAGCUCUGGUCCAUUAAAUUUAGCAUCUGAUUCUAAUCAAACUCAAAUAGGAUGUACUACCCAAGUUGAGAACAAGUUUGCAGCAGAUACAAGAUGUGGUGACACUGUUGGUUGUUAUUCUGAUUGUGAUUCUACUGGACAGUGUACAUACCUGGCAACAUGGGUAUUAGAUUCAACAAACAUUAAUUUUACAAUAAAAGCUAUACCUGAUUCUGAUACCAAUGUUUAUGCUGCUAUUGGAUUUUCUACAGAUACAAAAAUGGGAGAUGAUAGUGUUAUUGAAUGUAUGAAAACAACUGACUUGAGGGUUGCAACAUCAUUUAAUAAUGGCAGGAGUAAUACCAGAAAUGCUGAUCAACUUGGUAUAACAUUGACUUCUGCUAGUUAUGAAAAUAAAAUUCUGGAAUGUGUGUUUACAAGAGAGAUUACAGGAUCAGGAGAUGUGAAAUUAGUUGACUUGAAUACUCCACAUUAUAUGUUCUUUGCUCAAGGAACAGCUGAAGCAACAGGAGCCAAAAUAAAUCAACAUGGAUUAAUACCAACAGUAUCACCUCAGGCUAUAGAUUUUAAACUGACAGAGAAUUUCUCUGCUGUACCUUAUGAUAAAUCAAAAGUAUUGGCUCAUGGUGCCUUAAUGGUGAUAGCCUGGAUAACAGCAGCUAGUAUAGGUUUAGUUGUUGCUAGAUAUUUUAAACCAAUCUGGCCAAACUCCACUUUUAUAGGUCAAAAAAUUUGGUUUCAGAUUCACAGAACAUGUAUGAUUUUAACAUUGUUAUCUACCUGUAUAGCGUUUAUUAUUAUAUUUGUUGAAGUUGAUGGCUGGACAAUGUCUAAUAUAUCAGUUGAACAGGCUCAUCCAUAUUUGGGAGUUAUUGUAACUUUUCUAACUAUUGUGAAUCCAAUAAUGGCACUGUUUAGACCUCAUCCUAAUACUGAUAAUAGAUAUAUAUUUAACUGGGCACAUUGGGGUGUGGGUACGGUAGCUUAUAUUUUAGGAGUAAUAACAGUAGCUAUUGGUACCAGAAUGGGUAAAGCUAAUUUAUCUGAAAAUGCUGUAUGGAUUGUAGUAGGUUUUACAGUAUGGCAGUUACUAGUUGUAUUAUGUUUAGAAUUGGUACAACUCAUUGGCAACAAACAAAAAACUGAUAGUUAUGAAUUACAAGGUGGACAAUCUGAAAAAAUUCCUGAUACACAAUCCAAACCUGCUAAUGGUACAUUAAAACAAGCUAUAUUGAUCAUUCACAUUGUGGUAGUAUUGGCUUUCACCAUCGGUUUGCUAGUGUACAUUGGAUUAGCUUAG